CUAAUAUUCAAUAUGUUUGAUUAUUGCGUAAUUAUACAAAGAAAGUCAUUGUAUAAAUUUGGAUUUAUUGAUAAAUUUUAUAAAAAAAAAACUAACAAUUUAUUAGGUACUCCUUUCUGUUAUUAAUUAACAAAAUUCAGAAAUACCUAUUAAAAGAAACCCCCCGCCGGUGUGGAUAUACGAUAAAAUCGACCGCAUUAAAUCAUAUAAUUAAAUAAAGAGUUUAUAAUUUCAUGCAGCACCUUUUCCACGGGGUAAUAAAUUCGAGAAUUUUCACCUACCUAAUAACCGGCAUGUUUAAAUAGGGAAAUUGGGCCGGUGUGGGUAGGAAGGAACUCCCUGUAUAGAAUUGUAUUUUUCAAUAUCGAUUAGAUAGCGACGUUUGCGCGAUACGGCGGAAAAUUCUAAACGAAUCCAAAAUAGCAUAGGCCGAAUCGAGACUCGGGUGUGUACUACGACUAUACGGCCCAAUAGUCGAAACUCCAACCGGGUCGAAAUUCGACUGAAAAACCUCGGCGAGUAAUUUGAUAUUCGAUAUGUAAAAACGUCGGCGUACGUCCGAUUGAUUCGUGCACUCCUGAUAUGGCCUUUUGGGCGCCACCAAGAAAAUGCAGGACUAUUUACUAGUCAACAGUUUGACCUAGUAGGUGGCUAGUGUUAGAGUGAACAUGUUGCGUGGAAAUUAUAAUGUAAUGCCCAAUUCGUAUCCUUAUAAAAAAACAUUGUUUCUUCUCCUGUUGUUUCUCACGCAAAUCAUGAGAGUUUACCCGGAACAGGACGAAGACAUACCGCACAACGAGGUGAAAAAUUGGGCGCUGAAAUUCGGAGUGGACUUGUGGGAGUACGGAAAGCUGGUGACACGGAGGAACGAGCUGCGAGACAAAUACCACGACGUGACGAUGGACGUCGUCCGCAAGGACGGUCUCAUCCUGAUCAAAGACAUGGCGAUGGAGGUGAAGAACAUGAUGGACUUCAAAAUGAGCGCGGUGAUGAGGAUAAUGGAUUCGGCCGAGCAAGCGGCCCUCACCCCGCGCUCGGACAACGGGCAGCCCUUCAGGUUCUACAACGCCAAGAGAUUGAACGCUUUCGGCGACGACGGCAGACCGGCCGACGGCACCAGAGAAAUGGUGCUGACGCCCAAUCCGCACUUCGACCACUUGCCGGUCAACACCACCCUGAGCACCAUCCUCAUGCCCAACAACGUCGACGAAAACGAUCCGGACGUUAUGAACGCCAUCCAGUGGUCGGAGAACCUCGAUCCGCUGUUCAUCAACAACUACGAAGGCGACCCGUCGUUGUCCUGGCAGUUCUUCGGCAGCUCCAACGGCUUCUUGAGGAGGUAUCCAGGAAUCGCCUGGCCGCCGGAUGAUACGAUUUCAACCGUCUGGCAACGGCCGAGGGCGAAUAGAAACGUGUACGAUUUCCGCUCUUCGGCUUGGUACGUGAACGCGGCCACGUCUCCGAAGGACAUCGUGAUAUUGGUGGAUAAUUCGGGGUCGAUGACGGGCCAUCGGGUGAAUCUGGCCAAGGCCACGGCCGAGGCGGUGCUGGAUACGCUGUCGGACAACGACUUCGUGAAUAUCUACACGUUUUCCGAUUCCACGCAGGAGACGGUGGGCUGCUUCAAGGAUCAACUCGUGCAGGCGAAUAACGAAAAUUUGAAGUACUUGAAGGACUCGCUGGGUUCGUUGAAACCCGAGAACAUAGCGAAUUUCACGUCCGCUUUGGUGACGGCAUUCGAGAUCUUGCAGAAGUAUAACAGAUCCGGGCAGGGUUGCCAGUGCAACCAGGCCAUCAUGCUGAUAACGGACGGCCCUCCUUCGAUGUACAAAGAGAUUUUCAAAAUGUACAAUUUCCCGCACAGCCCGGUGCGGAUGUUCACUUACCUGAUUGGCAGGGACUCGAGCAGCGCCACCCAAAUGCACUGGAUGGCCUGCGCUCAUAAAGGAUAUUACGCCAGAAUAGAACGCUACGAGGAUAUAAAAGAACAAGUUUUGCAUUACGUCGAGGUAAUGGCCAGGCCGAUGGUCAUGUACCAAAACGACCAUCCGAUAUACUGGACCCCCGCCUACGUCGGUGGAAGGGCGGAUAGUUUUUCGGACGACAAACGCGGGCAAAUAAUGACCACUGUCUCCACUCCUGUGUUCGACCGAAGGAACCAUUCUGUCCGUGUAGCGAAUGUGUUAGGAGUCGUAGGUACAGACGUUUCUAUAGACGAAAUCAAAAAAUUAGUUCCUUCAUACAAAUUGGGCGUAAACGGUUAUUCGUUUAUCGUUAAUAACAACGGACACGUGUUGUAUCAUCCCGAUUUGAGGCCUUUGGAAGGUAACGACCUGUAUGAGGACACGCUAGAACCGAAAUACGUGUCCGUGGAUCUAACGGAGGUUGAAUUGGUCGAUAACGAAAGCGGUCCGAGGGAAAACAACACCCUUUUGCUCGACUUGAGACACGAUAUGAUCGAUCAAAUGAAAGGCGAGACCGAAAUCACCGUGAAAGUCCACUACGAUAACAUGAGACGGGUUACUACCAGACGAAAUAAAUAUUUUUACAACCCCAUAGAGGGUACGCCCUUUUCGCUGGGUCUCGCCAUUCCCGAAGGGUACGGAAUGUACGAAUACCAAGCUGAACAGGAAAUAAAGCACAGCCAAAAAAAUGUCAGCGAUUAUUUCAAAGGGAAUAACUGGCGGGUUCACCCCGAUUGGGUGUAUUGCGAAUAUACCAGCGGAACAUCGGGAGAACAGUGGUUCAAAACCGCUGAAGAAAGGGUUCUGCAUUUCCUGAAAAGGAGUCGCAGACCCGCAUGGAAAUGGAUGUCUCUAAGGCCCAGAUCGCCUUUACAAAGAGAACACCACCACAUGUCGACUAAACAAGACAAAGAGGCUUAUUAUUGCGACAAAACAUUACUGCAAUCUCUAGUUUUAGACGCUAUCGUUACGGAAGGUUUGGAAAAGCUCCCUGUACGGGCAGAUAAACACCAAGGAUUUCAGAUAUUCGGAUCGACGCUGUCCUUCGUCGCGACUCGCAGCGGUCUCUUGCGUUGGACCAAUUUGACGGACACCAAAUCCAACGAACCGCACUUCAGCGAAAGUAACGUGCGAGCAAUGGACGAGACUUGGUACAAAAGGGCGGUGGACCAGCACGCCAUCGAGCCGGACAGCUUCGUGUUUUCGGUGCCCUUCGACGUCGGCUCCUACGGGAAGCCUUUGAUAACGGCCACGCACGCCAUCUUCGUCGAGGACAAGGGCCACAGGACGCCCGCCGCCGUCGUCGGCCUCCAGUACCAGCACUCCAUUCUAGCGGCGCACUUCUUCAACAACAUUACUUCAAAGUGCACCGGAUCGACCGUGUGCAAGAAGACCUGCGCCAGCGACAAGCUCGACUGCUACAUCCUCGACAACAACGGCUUCAUCAUCAUAUCGGAGAACAACGAAGACACCGGCCGGUUCUUCGGCCAAGUCGACGGCACCAUCAUGGAUUCGCUGGUGCAAGACCGGAUCUUCGUCAAAGUGCCGGUGUACGAUUACCAGGGGUCCUGCUCGAACAGCAAGUUCCACUUCAGCGGCGGCUCCAAUAAAAUAUCACUCUUCAAUCCCGCUACAAGCUUGAUUAACUUCUUCUUCAAAGGCGCUAUCUUGUUGUUAAACAAAUUGAGCCAAGCCUACGGAACAGCUCUAGCUUACAACAGAGAAGACGACGAUUUACUGGACGUUUAUUCCGAUUACGACGUAGAACAGUACCCGACAAGCGAUGAUAUUAUAGACGAUACCGAUUCAGUUUUGGGCACUUCUAACACAUAUUCCCCGUCUUUCAUUCCGCCUUACGAGUCGGAUCCGAUGGAAGGCGUGGAUUUGGGCCAGUUCGGCGUGAGGCGGUGCGACCGCAAGGUGGACUUGUACGUCCUGCAGCCCGAUAAACUGAACACCAGCGGCCAGGGGAAUCCCCUGAAAGGGAAACUGACUAAUUGCCACAGCAGCGGCUGCGAGAGGCCGUUCAGCGUGCAGAAGAUACCGCACAGUAAUCUGAUUCUGCUGGUGGUUGAUACGGUGUGCUCGUGCGGCAGUAAGCAGUUGAGCAUCAUCCCGCAGGAGGUGAAUUACGAUUCGAAGAACGGGGGGUGCUUGCACAAGCCGAAAAAUAGCUUGUAUAGGAGGAGACCUCCGAAGUGCAUCAACUACCAUCCUGAGGAAAUAGAGAUACAUCUCUGCGGAGGAUCGUCGGUACUGCAUUUAAGUUUUAUCGUAUCAUUAUUAGGUUUUAUAAAUUGCCUUGUUGCUUUGAUAUCGUGAUUAAAUUUGUACGAAAUUAGCGAUAGAAAACGAUAAGAUAAAACCAUGUUGGCAUUAUGUAUGUAUCUCUGAUGAUUUCCGUACGUUUAGAAGAAAUGUAAACGUUACUUUAUUUGCGGAUAGUUAAAAAGUAGGUAAUGUUUUUACGAUGAUAAAUUAUGGAACUAGUUAAAUUUUAAAUAUAAUUUAUAAGAAUAGUAAUAAAUUUUGGGUGUUUUGUACAUAUCGAAUAUUUCAUAAUCAAUGAUUUUUUAGAAAUGAUGACAUACAUAUAUUUUUGAAAAGAAUACUAACAAAUUUAUCCACUUACCUACAUAUCUAAAUUUAACUUUCCUUCUGACCA